AUGACUGCCCAAGGUUCACCCAGCGCCUCGAAAAGUAAUAUUGAUGAAAGGUUCAAUCAACUUGCAUCGAGAGUGCCCAUAGUAGACACACAUAAUGAUUUCCCAUACCUUCUCAGAGUACAACUUCACAACGAAAUUGAAGGUCUGGACUUCAACUCCAAUUUAACCAGUCACACAGAUUUACCUAAGCUUAGAAAGGGGCGGGUUGGAGUUCAGUUUUUUAGCGUAUACAUCGAGUGCAAAGAUGGUGGGGACAAGCUUUAUACCGACUUCAACAAGGCCAAUAGUGCCGUCCGUGACACGCUGGAGCAGAUAGACGUUACCAAGAGAAUCGUCGACAAGUAUUACAAAGAUCUGAAAUUUGUCAACUGCAGCAAAGAGGCCCUAGAGGUCUUUCAAAAAGAGCAUAAAAUCAGCGUUACACUUGGUGUCGAAGGACUGCACCAAUGUGAUCUCUCCUUGGCUGUAGUAAGGAUGUACUACGACCUAGGUGUCAGAUAUAUUACAUUGACACACAACUGCGACAACCCAUUCGCAAUGGCAGCAAGUUCAAUUGGCCAUCGGGAGCGUGAUUUUGGUCUCACUUCUUAUGGGGUGGACUGCGUACUGGAGAUGAACAGACUUGGUAUGAUGGUAGACCUCUCGCACGUUAGUUACCAGACUAUGAUUGACGUUUUGAAGACUUCCCAAGCUCCUAUUAUAUUUUCCCAUUCUGCUGUGUACAAACUUACAGCACAUGAGCGUAAUGUAAGGGACGACGUUUUGCUUAUGCUGAAGGAAAACGGAGGUGUGAUUAACAUCAAUUUUUACGCCUACUUCAUUACUUCCGGCCAAGUGGAUGAUUCAGGUAAAGCAGUUGCGGACAUCACAGACGCCGUUGCCCAUAUCUCCCACGUUAUUGACCUAAUUGGAUGGGACCAUGUAGGCUUGGGUUCAGAUUUUGAUGGCAUCGAUUGCUGUCCAAGAGGUCUGGAAGAUGUUUCCAAAUAUCCAGAUCUUAUCAAACGCGUAUGGCGGAAAUACAAUGCUACUGAGGAGCAAAUUUCCAAAUUGAUGGGACUUAAUGUGCUUCGUGUGUGGAAUGCCUGCGAAUUGAUUGCUAAGAACAAGAAACAAGUACGCCCCAUAGAAAGUCAAUGGAAAGAUAGAGUGUGGGAGUAUUCAGAGUAUUGGCGCAACUGUUUGCCUGAGCUCUUCCCCAACGCAAAACAAAUUCACGAUGCUAAGUAA